AUGCCGCAGUCUUGCUUGUCUACAGUUAGAUAUCUUUUUACAAAUAUUGUUCAAGAAGAUGUACUAUUUGCAAAACCUUUGAAAACCUACACAACUGGAGAAGCGAUUUUCGACAUGAUCAAUGGGUAUUUUGAAAAGAAUGGAAUAAACUGGUCUUAUUGUGUGGGUGUGUGUACAGAUGGUGCAAAAUCAAUGACAGGAAAAUUUUCUGCUUUUGUGGCACGGGUGAAGAAGAUCAACGAGAAAAUUCAAUGGACUCAUUGUUGUAUUCAUAGACAAGCUUUAGUAUGUAAGCGUAUUCCUGCAGAGUUAUCUACUACUUUAAGUGUUGCUGUGAAGAUUGUGAACUUUAUAAAAUCGCGUGCUACAAAUUGCCGUCUAUUCCGUACGCUUUGUGAGGAUUUUGGAAGUUUCCAUAUUUCUUUACUACUUCACACAGAAGUUAGAUGGCUUUCCCGUGGUAAAGUUUUGACGCGUUUGUUUGAAUUGAAGUCUGAAAUUGAUCAUCCGUUUAAUUUGUCUUCUGGUAUAUCAGAUGUUCUUUGGCUGCAAAAGCUUGCGUAUUUAGCUGACAUUUUUUGUAACCUGAAUGAAUUAAAUAUAUCUUUACAAGGCGAGGGUGUUACCAUUUUCAGUGUAUAUGAUAGAAUUGAGGCUAUGUUGAAAAAG